AUGGGGGAAUGUUGCAGCCGGGCUUUGCCCGUCCUUGUUGGAUGGGUUCUGUGCUCGCCGGUCAGCGCGGAAGUCUUCACGCACAAGGAGAACAUGGGCCUGCAAGAUGGACGACACGACCGGUACCCAUGUGCCAGCACGCCGCGGAUUACGAGCUGGGAGGAUGGGCCCACAUUCAAAAUCAAUCACGAACCUUACACCAAUACGAAGAAGGUGUUUCUGCGAAAAGGCGAACUGCCUCCGUUGACCCAGAUCAGUGUGGCCGAUUUCCUGGAAGGGACAUAUUUUGAGGACCACGACCACGAAGAUAUGUUCGAGCUGUUCUACGUGCUGUCAGGACAUGGCCGCUUUGCGAUCACAGAGCGGAAUGCUGGAUCCGGGCAGUGGAGUCGUGUCGAGGUUCCGGCUGAGCCCGGCACAUUGCUGCAUCUACCGCCGGGAGUGCAGCAUGCAGGUCUAACAGACACCGGCUUUCGCUUUCUGAUGCUCGGCACCGUCACCCAGGACGAAGCGUGCAACAAGACAUCGCUGAUCACUGCCGGCGCAUCCCAUACAUGCAAGGCUACUGCGGAAUUCAAGCAGCUGCGAACCUCGGAGGAGGCCUUUGACUCGCAGGAAGGAUUCACAAGCCGGUCGAGUCUUCUUACUUCAGGUGAGCUUCCAAGCAUCUUGGACGUGUCCCGGUUUCAGCUGAACUCCCAGCAGCGCCUGGCUCUGAACUUGCCGGGCUCCGAAGCUCAGGCGGCCCAGGUCUUUUACGUUCUGCACGGUUCGGGUGAGGCUGUCGGGCCUACGCUGAAAGGACCCUUGCAGCAAGACUCCUUCAUGCUGCUGCCGCCUGGGCAUGCGACUGAAGUAUUCGCUGGAUCGACGGGCAUGGAGCUGCUCCGCUUCGCCAUAGAGCCGAAAUGCCAACUGGAAGCACGUGAUGAGCUCUGA